AUGACUAAUACAAGGGAAGAACCUUUGAAUAUUCAUGAGUGUUUUGUCGAGCGGGAGGUUUUUGAUUCGGCUAUGUAUCCGAAACCUCGGCUUCGUUGGACGCCCGAUCUUCACGACCAGUUUGUUAAGGCUGUGAACGAUCUUGGUGGAGCGGAUAAGGCGACACCUAAAGCAAUUUUGAAUCUGAUGCGCGUUCAAGGAUUAACUCUUUUCCACCUGAAGAGUCAUUUGCAGAAAUUCAGGCUUGGCAAGACAGCAAGAAGAUUGUGGAGACAGCAAUAUGUGCCAACCAUAUACUACUGCAAGAAGGAUGAAAUAUCUCCACCUAUUACAAGGGAAGAUCAUCAAGAAUCUUCAAUCCCAACUCCGUUUGAUAGGAACGGAUUCUCACAUGAAUGUAGAAUCAAGACACAGAGUGCUGAUACAUAUAGAAAUCUGUAUCCACUAGUCCAGCCUCAAGGAGUAAAGGACAUGGCACCGGAACAAACAACUUCGACUGUAAAUCUAAAUCAACAGACAGUUAAAUCAGCAGCAACUGCCGUAAAAUUGGAGACAAAUCAACUUGCAACAGGUCCUGCUCUGCUGCCACUCUUUCCACCAAUCCCUGCAUUUGAAAUGAUUGACACCAAUUCAUAUGCUCCCGAGUGGUCCGAGUUACUUGAUGGAGGAGAGAAAAAACCGGUUAUUCCUCCUCUCCUUGCUGACAAUGCAUCAUCCAUGGAUGAUUAUCUGAAUUGCCUUGGAUCACGUCAUGCAAGUUUGAUGUUCGGGAGUUUUUUCGAUGACGUGGAGAGCUUCUCCAAGGCGAACGAGAAUGAUCUUGCUAUGGAUGUUGGUGUUGUGGGGCCUAGUCAAACUAGUGACUUUUGUACUGGAGUUGUCGUGAGUGGUUUUCCGUAG